GCCUGGGUGGCAGCGAUGGCCCGGGUCCUCCGGCUCUCGGCCCUGUGUGCAGCUGGCACGCGCGUGUCUCCGCGUGUCUGCGCGUGUGUGUCCGUGCGUGAGAGUGAGAUGAAGUGGAGUCCUGUGCCUGGGUGUUUCCUUCCAAGUGAUUUUGAUCAACAAUCCAUUAGGGGAUCAUGAAAAAAAAAAAAAUCUGGCUAAAAGGAUGAAAACUGAGUAAGUACACAGAACUUUGAACUUGAAACAGAAUGAGACCAAACGCGAGCAAAGCCCUGACAGAAACCACAUACAUCCAAACUGCUAUCCUCUUUUUUUUAUGUUAAAAGCCUGAACGCUAGCAGCAAAGAGGCAAUUUAAAACUGAACGAAAGGAAGCAGUUCUGCAACAUAAAAGGUUGAGAGCGGGAUGGCUUUAAAACCGGAGGGAAAAUGAGAAACUGCUAGGACAACCUGGCCGGCGCCCAGCUGUGCAACAGGCACUUCGCGUUAAAUCCGCUGCGUCUUCUGGCUGGUUUCUGCCUCCAGACCCGCUUUACGGUGCUUUCUUUUUGCCACAAAAGAGGAGACAAGCUGAACCCCUGACUUUAAGAAUGUUGUGGAAGACAUGACCGGAAGGAACUCUUGGCAGCUGGGGAUGCAUUCGGAUGAUUUCUUACAACUAUUUUUAUUUUGACAUCUUUAAAAAAGAAAAAAGCAGGUCAGUCACUUCUUACUGUCCUUCACUUAAGGGCUAUUAACUACCUCUGACCACUGGGUCCUAUGAAUUUUUGGCAUGAACCUUCGGAAACUUCUCAAGUGGAGAUGGGGCGAACUUGAUUGGAAUUGUGUAAAGAGAAGACAGAUGUGUGUUUUCUUCAUACUGACAACGUGGCCAGGGGCCAAGUGAACCUGGACUGGUCAUGGUCUGUCGACCUGGGUUCCUUUGUCGCCGGCGAUUUUGCCCCCGACCUUUCCUGGUGGGUUUGGUGGUGGCGAUCUGUCUCUUUUACCAGACCCUGACUCUCCGAGGGACUAAGAAGAUUGCAGCAGACAUCUCUGGGACUGUCCCCCACACACCCUCUCAAACUCAAGCUAGCAGAUGUGAGGAAGGAUACUCGUGGGACAAACGAUGCUUCCUUCUCUCUGCGAAUGCCCAGGAAAUCAGGAAGAUUGAAGAAACGAUUGAGAGACACUUCGGCAGUCACAGCAGAAGGGCCAUCCUCCACAGGCCUCCUUCCUACAGCAGAGCAGAGCUUCAGACACACCAGCAUCUUCUUGCUCAGCAUAGAUACAGCGUUAUCACUGUGGAAGAAAGACUUGGUGGUGGCCUAGGUCUGGAGCUGCUGGACCAAGGUGGUUUGAACUCCUGGGAUCUGUUCAUUUGCCUGCCUUCUAGGGAAGCUGAUGGGAAACCCUGCAUACCCAGGGAGCACAUGUGUCGACUAAGCCUUCAUCAAAGGGUAAAUGUGUUACCGGAAAUACAGCCUCAGCUUUGCAGAAAAGAAGGGCUGUGUGAAAUAAUCAGAAGAUUUCCAGAAUUGCGACUUCCAGUGAGUUCCUCUGUGUGCCUGGAUCAGGAGACAGAGUCACGGCUGAGUGUUUCUAGUCAUCUCUCAAAAGCAGAGAAGCCACAUAUAUGGAAACCUUGGGACCGGCAACGCAAACAGUUGAAUCAGACUACAGUUGUUGCUCCGCGUGAAGCAAUCUUCAGAGCAGAAGAGCUAUCUGUGAUUCUUAAGGCAUAUGUGUUGGUGACCUCCUUAAGGCCUUUGCGUGCCUUCAUUCAUUCAACUGGCACAGUAUGGAGCCCACCGAAGAAGAAACGCUUCACUGUCAAGCUCCAGAUGUUUUUUGAAACAUUCCUGAAGACCAGUUCACCUCUGCAAGCACUGGACAGCUUGAAGGAAGCCAUUAGCAAGCUCCUGUUGGUAGCUGAGGUGUUUAGUGACACAUCUACUCUGGGACCAAAGGCCUUCAAUAGAUGUAGACAGUGUUUUCAGCUUCUAACUUUUGAUGUUGGUUAUGGAGAUUCGGGAUAUCCUGUGGUGCUCCAGGUACACGAGCAUUUAAAAUUUCACGAUGAUGAGAAUUUCAACGUGGAGGACCAAAAUACGGAAAGAAUUCUUUUAAGGGAUACUUUCGACUUCCUCUUCUCCAAUGCGUCUUCACUUUCCGUGGUUUCUGAGAUGUUGCAGAGGCCGGAGAGAGCAGGUGCAUUCGUGGAUGGAAACUAUCAAAAGGAGUUAAAUCGGUGCCUGUCUUUGGAGGAAAUUCACUCAAUUGGGGCUUUUGUGAAGGAACUUGAGAGUCUGGGACAAUUCCAACUGCUCUUCCCGUCUACUGUUCCUGGGAUUCAGUCUCUGAUGAGUGAAUUUUAUGAUAUGGCAACUCCUGGCUCAGUCCUGUCUCAGUACUGGUCUCUUUUAAAUGUAUUUGAACAAUUUUGGCUCACGAAUAAAAAGGCACAGCUACAUCCACUGGAAUGGAAUUCUCCAACAAGAAAUGAGACUAUUGAGAAAACACAUGGGUCAUUUGAAGGAAUCAAAAGUAAAAAAGAUGCAAUUCCACAAAUUUUGUAUGAAAAUAAAAAUGUGCCUUGCAGUGAUGAGGAAGACACACUCUGUCAUAUCAAGAAGAUCCUCACCCAGCCCCAUUUAGAACUCAGUCCUGAGUUUAAUCCGAAGAUCAAAGAUUACUACUGUGAAGUGCCUUUUGAUGUGCUAACUGUGAGGAUCGGAGCAAAGACUUCUAGGUGUCAGUGCAAGGUUCACCUGCAGGAGCAGGCAGGGCCAAGCUUUGCCAACUAUCCUCUGGGAUUAGGAAUGAACAGAAUCUCUCUGCUUGUGGUGGAUGAAUCUCAAGCAGAGGGUGACACCUUAACCACGUAUAAACUCACCAUCUAUAGAGAAGACCGCCCGAGUCUUCCCUUCUUUGAGGACUUCACAGCGUGUGGCUUUGUACAAGAUUGUGAUUUAUUGAUUCACCCAGAAGAAACCUGUGGAUUGCAGCCUAUUUCUGCAGACUACAUUGCAGCCAUUUCACAGCCUGAAAUAGAGGGUUGUCCAUCUGGGGACACUAAAGGCCAGUGGAUUGUGCCUUGCCUUACUUGUUCAGACAACAGGACCUGUGACUGGAGAGAAAUAACCUGGCAGCCACACAACUGCCACCAUGACAUCCUAACCAAGCCAGAACUUCAGCAGUGCCUGCAAGGAAGGAAGAUUCUUUUCAUAGGAGAUUCCACCAACAGAGGAAUGAUGUACUAUCUAAUUGAGAGACUGAAUGAAACGCUUCAGGAGUGGCAGAAGCUGCAUGCCACUAAACUCUACCCCAGUGUCAAUGGUGGGAAGACUCCAAUCAGUUACUCCUACUAUCCCCAGUUCUGGAUAAGCCCUUCAUUGAGACCAGCAUUUGAGAAAGCACUUGAACAUCUCUUGCAAAGGUCACAGCCCCUAGAGAAUACUGAGCAGACGGUAUUGGUUGUUGGUGGCGUCCAGUGGCUUAGUCCCAAUCACCUGCAAAUUAUUCACAAUGUUUUAAAGAGGGAAAAUUUGCUGAAUAUCCUAGUAAUCAUCAAAACUUUGGGGAUUGGAUUUCACCUGCCAGUGGAUGGAGUGCAUGUCUUAACACAGGGUGAAGUACGCAACUUAUAUAAAGAAAAUCUGAGCAUUCUGGAAGCUGCCAAAAAGUAUGGCUAUGAAGUAGUAGACACAUUCACUAUCACAAUGGGACGGCACAAAGAAUUCCUGCAGGGCAAUUGUGGAUGCCAUUUUCAUGAGGUAGUGAAAUCAAAGUUAUCCGGACAGCACCAUGUUAUCAAGGUGAAAAGAUCCAAGAACCGUAUUGUGGAGAAAUACUUCAGCAGUCAAAGCAAACUAAAACAACACAAUUCUGUCCCAAAUGUUCACUCACCGUAUCAUGUCAGAGGCCCGAUAAAUCAGGUACAAGAUGGAAAUUUUCCUUAUUAUACAAUUUCUUUGUUGUGAGAUAACAUCUCACUGUUGUGGUGGGUUUUAAAGGAUGAUUUGGGCAUAAGGAAAGGAAGCUGAGAGAGGCAACUCAGUAUGGAGCUGAGAUUACUAAAAAUACAAAUACCUCAAGUUCAUUGCCACAAAAAAAUGAAACUAUUUUGACCUAUUGACCCAUCAGUUAUUUAGAAUGAAUACCCACCUCUUUCAAAUGCUCUAUUUUUAUAUAUACAUAUAUAUUUUAUAAGAACAUAAACAUGAAUUUAUAUUUAACUGUUUUAAAUUAUAUUUAAAUACGAAUAUCACUGGAUAUAAACAUUACAUGCAUUUAGAAAUAGAUUUUUUGAAUGAUGGUACUGAAUUAACAUAAAAAUGAAAUAUUUUUCAUAUUUACAUCUAUAUACAGACACUGUUUUUAGAUUUUUCACUUAUUUUUCCCUGAUAUAACAUGUUAGCCAUUGACGCAGCUGCUCCAUCAAAUGUCAGCAUACUGCGUAUUCACCCAUGUUGUCCAGUUUGUGCUAAGCCUUUUGAAACUCACUCUCUGCAUAACUAUGGAAACCCUCUAACUCGAGUCAGUUGGGCAUUUUCCUCUUCACCAUUGAAAAAAUACUAGAUUUUAGAAGCAACCGUAAUGUAUUAUGAAUAAAUGUCUAGUUGGUA